CUCGGACUCUCUUUGGCGGACGGGCGGGCUGCAUGCCCGAAUCGUCGCCGACAGGCGCCACUGCCAUUGCGACUCUCUUUUUUUUUUGGGUUUUGCCUCUCACGGCGACGGCGACGACAAGGAAUAUCGACCUAUGGAGUAUACUGUACUGUACGACGAUGAUGGUCGUGAUGCGGCCGCCGCCCGCCGGCGCGCCGAGGAGGAAGGAGGCGGGACGGACUGUGACACGGGCAAUGCCAAGGAGCAACACCACCACCAUCAACAUCAUGCAAACAACGCACGCGCCGCACGUACUGAGCCGGCCGGCACACCCCAUCGCCGGUCGUGUUCGCUCGCACAAUAGCAACUCCACGCGGGGCACAAUAAGCGGAUGCGGCGGCGGGGGGCCCAGGGAUCGAUUGUGCGCCGUGCGUGCGUGCGUGCGUGCGUCGGGCCCAACAUCGCCCGCCCGCUCUUCUCACUCGGGUCUCUCUCUCACUCUCUCCCACCCAGUCUCUCGCGCUCUCGCCACGCAUGAGGUUGCCUUGCAUCGGGCCACCCGCCCCGUCUUCCCCGGGCGAGCGGGCGCUCCAGAUCUGACAUUGUGGCAUUCUACUACUCCUCACUCUGCCUUGCUUGUCCUGUCCUAUUGCGGCUCUGCGUCGAAGAAAGAGAGAAAGGGGAAAAAAGCCAGAAAACAGACACAGGCAGGGGUACCCGUUGGCCGUUGUCUUUUUCUUUUCUUUUUCUUUUUUCCCUUUUUGCCGUCUUGCGCGGCUGACACGGACGCACUGAGAGAGCGCGACUGAGGGAGCACGGCGCGGCCGGACGACAAGGCGAGGCUUUUCAAUUGCACGCGAAGCGGUUGAGCGAGCGAGCGAGCGAGCGACUUGUUGAGUGUCGGACGCCCCCGCGCGCGGGUGGUUAUCGAGCGCGCAACGAUGAGGACGACGGCAGCAACGCAAUCAUUGCUGCUGCUGCUGCCCGGGCUGGCCGGCCUGGCGGGCGCACAGCUUGCGCUUCGUGAUGGCCAUGGUGGUGGCGAUGGUGAUGGCGACGGCGGCAAGGCGCGGUACGGCGCCGUGCCGCUCACCCCCGAGGGCAUGAUGCCGCGCUUCGUCGCCGACCGAGUGCUGCCGCAGCUCGCCCGCCGCGACGGCAAUUGCGGCGCCGGGUUUCACAACUGCCUCGACGUCGGCUUCGCCGGCAGCUGCUGCGAAAACACACACUACUGCUACGUCAACAAGCAGAGCCAGCCGCGCUGCUGCCCCAUCGGCUCCAACUGCGUCUCCGACUCCAACUGCAGCAGCGACCGCUUCCAGUGCACGUCGACGGCCACCGUCGCCGUCACCGUCACCGUCACCGCCACGGCGAGCAGCACAAACACAAACACCGACGCCGCCGUGGUCACCGUCUUCACCACCGCCUCGGCGCAGGUCGGUUGCUGCGGCCGCGCCUGUCCGCAGACGAGCCAAUACCUCUGCCCCAAGGACCUGGGCGGCGCGUGCUGCUCCUUCGGCUUCGACUGCCGCUCCGGCGGGCAGUGCGUCGAGACCAAGAAGCCCAGCGGGCCCUCAUCGGGCACCCUGACACCCGUCGUCGACGGCUGCACCACCUCGCAGUUCAAGUGCCCCGACGGCGCCGGCUGCUGCGACGAGUGGAUGCACUGCACCCGCGUCGACGACAAGCCCUACUGCGCCCCCGGCAACCCGACCAAUACCAACGUGCGCCUCGUGGGCGAUGCCGGCAGCGGUGAUUCCGCCUCGGACUCGCGCCUCUCGGGCGGCGCAAAGGCUGGCAUCGGCGUGGGCGUCGCCGUCGCGGGCGGCCUGGCUCUCGGCGCCGCCGCCUGGUGGUUCUGCGUCCGACGCCGGAGACGGCGCGGCGCCGAUGCUGCUGCCGCCGCCGGCGCGUCGCGCAAGGACGAGCAGCCGGACGACGCCGAUGCCGACGCCGGGGUCUAUGCCGGGAGCAACGUGCCCCGGGACGCCGCCCACCGUCCCAUCGGCAUCGGCGAAAUGUCCGAGACGACGGCGUCGCAGGCCCCGCGCCCCACCGACGACUACUUCGGCCCCGUCCCCGGGCCCUACACCGACGCCUCCGACGCCGGCCGCUCAACGGCGUCCCCCUCGCGUCCGCAGCAUGCCCCCGAGAACAGGGCCGUACCCGUCGAGAUCGACUCGUCGACGGCCACGCCCGCACCACCGGCCCCGGCCACGCCAACACCAUCGACCCAGCACCUGUCAGCGCAUCCGUUCCCGCACCCGGACACGACGGACGGCCGCUUCGAGCUCUAUGGUUGCGAGGCGCCGCCGCCGGUGCAGCCGUCGCCCUCACUACGCACGACUACCACGACGCCGGGAACGCCCGCCAGCGAAAGGCCUCGAAAAGCCGACAGAUAAAAGAGCGGGCGCCUCACGGAAAUAAUCAUAUGCAGCACGGCACACCAACGAGCCAGUCCCAGAAGAGCAUCAAAUGAAGUAUCGUACCAUCUAUAUAUACAACGCCUUGCUUAUCCGUACAAAAUGCCCAUUAUGCCUAGUGGGUAGGUGGCCACAGAGGAAAAGAGAGAGCGAGAAACAAGAAGAGCAAGUGAGAACAACCCCGGACCCGGCUGCACGAGCCCCCGCGCCUUGUGCUUUUCAAAGACAUAACCCAACGCCAACGCGCGCAAGCCC